AUGCCCUCUAAGCUAUCGACGCAGCCACGGGCCGCCGCGCUGCCGUUCCAAGCACAGCAUCGAGUUCUGGCGGCAGUCCAGCGACGACUCGAGCGCUGCGUAUUUGAUUUUGCCAGAAGAUGGUAUCCUGAUUUGUGUCAGUUGAAGGGCUGGGACUGCGUUGAAAAGGUAGAAUUGCAUACCGCAUUCCGGGCGCUGGAACAGGAUGAUCGCGGCCGCCUGGCCGGGAACACCACAACAAGCCCGAAGGAAGCCCUGGGCCAAUUGCGAGCCCACGUGGUCGGUAUCCGACAUGCAGCAGUUCAUCGAGAACGACAAAGCCAUAGCCAGCUUCUCAAAAAAAUAGACACGGCGCAUAGAUUUGCAACGGUCUGGCUGAGCGACCGGCAGUGUGGAACGGAGCUUCAGCGGUGCCGGCUUCAGGUGGAUGCCCUCUUCAACCAAUGGAAGAAACGCUCUCGCUGCAUCGCCGCCAACCUCGACGCACGCAUUGGGCUGUUGAGCGAAUCUGACAGGGCUCCGCUAUCCGAUAGGUAUCGUCGCCUCCUGCUGGAGGCAGCACGGCGGCUGGCCCAGAGGAAUCUCAAUGACUGUGUUGCCCAGGCGGAUCGCAUCGUUCGUAUCACCUUUUCUGCCAUUCCCUGA